AUGGUAAACAACAACGGAAUACCUUUUGAGGUAAAAAAACCGGUAGAAACGGUAUAUGAAUUAAAAAAUGAAAUUCCCUCUUUUGAGGAGUUUAUGAAAACUUAUGAAAAUGAUGGUAAUUUGAAUUAUGCUGAUUUAAGUGGUGGUGGCAUAGGCGAGACGGAGGGUUAUGGACCUUGUUCUCCUUCUUAUUGUAGCAAUUGUAGUUGUAGCAGAAGUGAUUGUAAUUGUCGAUCGGUUAUUGGGUUCAUUCAACAGAUAAUUAUCGAAUGUGAAUAUCCAACCAGGCUCGUGUUAGAUUAUAGAACGGUAAAUCGCAAAUCUUUUAAUAAAGCCUUGGGUAUUGCUCUUCAAAAUGAAGAUUGUAGUCAAAAACAAAAAACUCUAUCUGCUUAUAAUAGAAAAGUGGUUCAUGAUACUUUCGACAUGACAAUGGAGUGGUUAGAAAAAUAUAUCGAAGUAGCUGAUAUUAUUGGUAAUCCUGAAAAGGCAGAAGAUUCAUUCUCAACACAGUUAUUUUUAUUUGAAGGAAAUUUGGAAGAUGAGCCACUUUUCCUCAGAGAAGAAUUAAAAGAGGAAUUUUAUCGAUUAAAGCAUGCUUUGUUUGGAAUUAAUGAAAUAUUAGAGGGACGUGGUGAGAAAAUUCGUGACGAUGUGAAAAAUAGAAGAAAGGAUUAUGAUAUUAAUUCCCCUGAAUACAUGGAAAAAUUUAAAAAAACUUUUGCUUCUAUUCAAAUUCCAUUGAAUAAUGAAAGAGAAAUAGAAAAAUCUUUGGAGGGUAAAAAUUAUGAUGAAGUCACUAUUGAAAGUAAAUUCACCGAUGGAGAAAUGGAAAAGGGCGAAGAGGCUUUUAAACAAAUUGCUAAAACAGUUUCUAGUCAUGAUGAUUUCCAUUUCUACCCACAAAAAGAAAGUCAGCAAAUUCCUUCUUUAAGUUAUUAUGGAAGCACAGGUGAAAAAAAGGAAUCAGCAUUAGUUCACAAUUCGGCAGUUCAAAUUGAACAAUUUUAUUCUAACAAAGUUGCGGGUUCUAAUCAAGGCAAUUCCCAAGAAAUUCAAAUUAGGAAAAGUGUGCCAUUGGCUUAUUAUCUAUAUGGUGGGGUGAAAAGUGAAGGGGAUGUGCUUAUUCGUAAAAAAUUAAGGUUGAAUGAUAACUGUGAUUAUGAGACAUCGGCAGAGAUUAAUGGAGUGUUCGAAAGAAAUUCAACUGCUAAUCAAUCAAUUCGUCGAGAAAUAGUUGAUACAAUUAAUCAACAAAAAAAUAAAUUUAAGGUUGAAAAAGUAGUUAUUUUAAAUGAGGAAAUCAAUGAUUAUGAAGAAGAAGAUUUUGACAAUAAAGAUGGACGACUGAUUUUUGAUUCUGAAAAUAUGUUUAAGGUAAAAGACUUAACCGAAGCAGAAAAACAAGCAAUAGGUUAUAAUAAAUAUAAAUCAGAAGCAGGUUUACAAAAUAAUUCUUCUAUUUCUAAUUCUAAAAACGAUAACAAACUUGACACUGGUGGAAUUCUAGCCAUUAUUGGUGUGGUUAGUGUAAUAUCAGUUGUCGGUGUAUUGUUAGUAAGAAAAAAGUUGAAUAACAAAAUCUUUAAUUUGAAUAGUUCUAGCGAUAAUAGUUCUAGUUUUGAUGGGAGUGAGGAACAAAUUUCCCAAUUAAAAUUUGAAUUAAAUUCAACCAAAAGUAAACUCCGAAAAUCAGAAAUUAACCAAAAAAGUCAAUUGGAAGGUAAAACGAGUAAAAUAGAAAAUAAAAUAAAUGAUAGUGUUAAACAAAAUAGUUCUCUUUCUCAAUCAGAAAUUAAGCAAUUAAAGGAAGAAUUAAAAGAAAUUAGACAAAAAUUAAAGGAGAAUAAACCUAGUAAUCAGAAAAAUGAUGAACCUAAACCUAACCAAGACGAGCCUAGUAAAAAUGAUAAGCCGAAAGAUGAUACCAACCAAAAUCCUAAUUCUGAUGACCUAGAAAGAGCAAUUCAAGUGCAUAUUGCCGAAGACCACCCUUCUUUAAAAGGGAAAAAGUUGGAUAGUUCGGAAGAUACUCCUCUUUUUAAACCAAAUAAUAAAGAAGAGGCAAAAGUUAAAUAUGCUGGUAUUAAUAGAAUAACGCGUGAUGCCUAUAUUUUUUUAUUAGAGGGAAAUAAAGAUCAUUUAUAUAGUAUCAAUGAAAAUCACCCUUGCAUAAAGGAGUUGUUAAAUCAAAACAAAUUACAAAAAGACAAAAAGUUUACUAUUCGUUAUGAAAAGGUGGAUAAGGUGGAUAAAAAAUCCGAUAAAGAUCUUUUAUUUACUUUUAAUGAGGAUAAUAAGGAGUUAGAGAUUAUUGAGUUUAAAAAAUAG